GGAAAAAGAUCAUUCACAAUUUCCCACCUAGAUUGGGCUCGAUCCAAAUCACCGCCUCGCCACCCGUCGUCACCGACAUAACAGAAAUUUCAUUCGUGCACAGCUCAACGGAUCUGAUCUUCGAUCUCUUCUUCAACUUUGUGGAAACCCUAAAUUUGUCGCAGAUCAUAUACCAAAGCUCACUUAUACAUGUAUAUAGCUCUAUUUGAUUUGAUAUUUCAUCUGAAUUAGAAUUUAGAAGUACUAAUUUUCAAGAACAAUGUCAGCAUUUCUACAUCAAAGGCCACUUCACAAUGUUCAAACGGAUUCAUACUCAUCAUCCCCUCGAUCUCCGAAUGAUUACCAAAAACCGUCCACGAUUAUCAACCGAACCACUCUCUUACUCCUCUUGAUCCUUCUAGUACUACUUGGAGUUCUCUUCCCAUGGAUUUCUAUACCCCAUGGUCUCUUCAGUACCAAUUCAAAACUCUCAGUAUCGAAAUGGAAGGACUACACGUUGGCUGAGGCGGUGGCGAGUGUGGCGAAGAAUGGGACUGUGAUUGUUUGUGCUGUGAGUCAGCCUUACUUGCCUUUUUUGAACAAUUGGUUGAUUAGUAUAGUUAGGCAAAAGCAUCAGGAGAAGGUGCUUGUGAUCGCGGAGGAUUAUGCAACUCUGUAUAUGGUUAAUGAGAAAUGGCCUGGCCAUGCUGUGCUCGUGCCGCCUGCGCCAGAUUCUCAGACUGCUCAUAAGUUUGGGUCUCAGGUUAUGUAUUUAGAAAACUGUGCUGAUGUCAUGCUGUCAGCACAAUAUUACCGAUGUCUACGUAGGCAAGGAUUCUUCAAUUUUACGUCUCGAAGGCCACGCCAUCUACUACAAAUUCUGGAGCUUGGCUACAAUGUCAUGUACAAUGAUGUUGAUAUGGUCUGGUUAGCAGAUCCAUUUCCUUCUUUGCAAGGGGAGCAUGAUGUGUACUUCACAGAUGACAUGACUGCGGUGAAACCUCUGAAUCACUCUCACGAUUUGCCACCUCCAGGAAAAAAAGGGCGCACUUACAUUUGCAGCUGUAUGAUUUAUCUGCGGCCAACUACUGGAGCAAAACUAGUUAUGAAGAAGUGGAUUGAAGAACUUCAGGCUCAGCCAUGGUCCAAAGCAAAGAAAUCAAAUGACCAGCCAGCCUUCAACUGGGCAUUAAACAAAACUGCAGGACAGGUGGAUCUGUAUUUGCUCCCGCAGGCAGCAUUCCCAACAGGUGGAUUAUACUUCAAGAACCAGACAUGGGUGCAGGAAACUAAGGGAAUGCAUGUCAUCAUUCACAAUAAUUACAUUACUGGUUUUGAGAAGAAGAUAAAGCGAUUCCAUGAUUUUGGCCUAUGGUUGGUGGAUGAUCAUGCCUUGGAGUCCCCACUUGGUAGAUUAAAAUGAGUUUGGAGCAAUUUGGCUUGUGAAUAAUGGAUAAGUUGAGGGACCUCAUGAUUCUUUGGUGGAACCAACAGAAUAAUUGUUGAACCACUAGUGCAAGUCCCACUGCCAAUCUUCCCCUUUUGGUGCUCGAAGGCUCUGCAAUCAUAUUUCGAGUAUACUAGUCCAUUGACAGCUAUUUCCUGAAUCGACUGUUUGCAAACAAUGGACAACGCAUCGCGAAAAAUUGUUUGUAUAUUGCGUUCAUUUUGGCACUUUCUUACUGACGCAGCUUUAUUGAAAUUCUUUAAGGAUGAUAGUAUUAAUUAUCUUUUCCAUUUCUAAUGAACGCGUUAUUUAUUUUCUUUGAACCCGUGAACCCAGCCAGGCGAG